AUGGCCUCGGCACCAUCACAAAUUCCCUCGGAAACCCUGUCAGCCACAGCAACAGCUUGGCUCGACGCCCUAGGGAGCCUCGAUCCGGAACGCCUCCGCGCCGUCAUGAGCCCCGACUACAGUCAUACCUUUGCGCCAGGAUCGCUGACCCGGCUCGCCAAUAGCUCCAAGGACCGCGAGGCCAUGUGCGGACACGUCGAACACGUGGGCCGGGUCUUGACCAGCUUUCCCAUCUUUCCCCGACAGGUGUGGCCCAACCCGUCGCUGCGACAGGUUGUCGUCUGGGCGGAUUCCAAGGCCAACUUCAGGGACGGGGCCACAAAGGGACCCGAUGAGGACUGGGAAUUUGCCGGCGAAUACAUGUUUGUCAUUACCAUGAAUGAGACAGGGGACAAGGUGGACAAGGUGCUCGAGUUUCUUGACUCCAAGGCUACGGAGCGCGCGUGGGAGCUGAUGGCUAAGGCUUUGAAGAACCUUGAGAGUCAGUGA